AUGCCAGACGCUAAAAAGUGGGCAAACUCUGAGGAUGGAUCCUUCAAAAGACAAGUUUCGUCAUUCAGGGAGACAAUUUCGGCAUCUCACCCGGUUUUCAAGCCAGGGAAAGGGCGCUACUGGCUGUACGUGUCACUAGCAUGCCCUUGGGCCCACCGCACGCUCAUAACCAGGGUCUUAAAGGGACUGACUUCAGUUAUCGGGGUUUCCGUGGUGCACUGGCACAUGGACGAAAAGGGCUGGCGCUUUUUACCCGCGGGAGAUGGCUCCAAAGACAAGUGUUUCGAGCCCAGUGCGGGGAUCGCUUGCACUCCAGAGUCACAGUCCACCGCUGGCGUGACAAGUGAGUCGACAAGGGCCGGCGUGGAUGGCACCCCUGAUCACAAUUACGGGUUUGCCCGACUCAGCGACCUGUACUACAAGGCCAAGCCAGACUACCAAGCGCGCUUUACGGUUCCUAUCUUAUGGGACUUAGAGACUGAGACUAUUGUCAAUAACGAGAGCUCUGAGAUUAUCCGCAUUCUGAACAGCGGGGUCUUCGACGAGUUCGCGGACCCACAGACAAACCCACUCGACCUCGUUCCUCUCAAGUUGGAGUCACAGAUUGAGGAGAUAAAUUCCUGGGUUUACGACCACAUCAACAACGGCGUAUACAAGUCUGGCUUUGCUGAGUCUCAGGAGGUCUACGAACGCGAAGUCACAGGCGUUUUCGAGCACCUCGAUCGUUUGGAGCACAUUCUGAGCGUUAACUACAAGGCCGCCGUGACUAAGUAUGGCGAGAAAGACGCCGCUUCCCGUCUUUAUCUUAUCAACGAGCAGCUGACUGAGGCGGAUCUCAGGCUCUACCCCACUAUUGUGCGUUUUGAUCCCGUCUACGUCCAGCACUUUAAGUGUAAUCUGUCGACCAUCCGCGCCGGCUACAAGAUGAUUGACCUGUGGCUACGAAACAUGUACUGGAACCACUCAGCUUUCCGCUCCACAACGAGCUUCGACCACAUCAAGCUGCACUACACCCGGAGCCAUCCAAGAAUCAAUCCUCUCGCGAUUACGCCGCUAGGGCCCAAACCAGACAUUCUGCCGCUGUAA